GAAAUGAGAAGCUGGUCUUACAGUCUUCGUCUUGUAUUCGAACUUGAAUCAAAAUUAACAACCAUCAAUGGCUUCUUCAAUAUCCCUCCUCCUCCUCCCGCUCCUUCUUCUUCUCUCCCACGCUUCAGCUUCAACGGUAAUAUUCUACAACAAGUGCACAUACACAGUCUGGCCUGGGAUCCAACCUAGCUCCGGUCAGUCACUUCUCGCCGGCGGCGGUUUUAAACUGUCUCCGAACAGAGCUUAUAGCCUCCAACUUCCACCGCUUUGGUCCGGUCGCUUCUGGGGCCGCCACGGCUGCUCCUUCGGCAAAUCCGGCCGUGGUCGCUGCGCCACCGGAGACUGCGGUGGUUCUCUCCUCUGUAAUGGAGCCGGCGGUGUACCUCCGGCUACACUCGCCGAGAUCACCCUCGGUCAUGACCAGGACUUUUAUGACGUCAGCCUCGUUGAUGGAUAUAACUUGGCGAUGUCAAUAAUGCCGGUGAAAGGAACAGGAAAGUGCAGCUACGCCGGUUGCGUGAGCGAUCUGAACCGGAUGUGUCCGGUUGGUUUACAAGUCCGUUCACGUGACGGGAAACAAGUAGUAGCCUGUAAAAGCGCCUGCUCUGCCUUUAACUCCCCACGCUACUGUUGUACCGGCCCGUUCGGUAACCCACAGUCUUGCAGGCCCACGGCUUACUCCAAGAUCUUCAAGGUUGCUUGCCCUAAGGCCUACUCCUACGCCUACGACGACCCUACUAGCAUCGCCACGUGUUCCAAAGCUAACUACGUCGUCACUUUUUGCCCCCACCAUGCCCGUUGAUUCAAAUCUCACUUUCCCUUCAUAAUAUGAGAAUGAAUAUUACGUUAUUAUUUAGUCAGUACGAGGUUCUUCUUUGAUCGUUGGGUAAAACUUGCUAAGUUUAUGAAUUAUCAUUGGACAUUGGGUUAACAUAUCUGUCGGUAAUCGGAGUUGCUACUUGCGAGAAUGUAAGUUUGGUUCGAUAAUUAGCUAUCACCAAAUAUAAGAAAUUCGAUUUUAUGGCAAAUUUUGUUAG